AUGGAUUCAAAUAGCAGCAGACCCUCAGGCCGCGAGGUCGCAGAUUACAUUUCGAGCGGCCUGGUUGAUUUCUUCUACAGCUCUGAUUUGACGCUCAAAACAAGGUUCCCGCAGCUGUAUGUGUACGACAUCUGCCUCACAAGGUUUGGCGAUUACCAUCAGUGGAUGGCGUUUCUGGAUCCUGAUGAGUACCUGGUACUGCAGCCCCGUGCUGCUGCAGAGGGGCUGCCAGAGUUUCUUCAGGCUUAUGACCAGCAUGGAGGUCUUGCAGUCAACCUGAGGAUAUUUGGGUCAUCUGGGUACCAGACUCGUCCAAAGGGAGGCAUCCUUCGGAAUUAUAUCAAGUGUCUGCCAGAGCAGCAUGAGGAGAACAGGAGGAUCAAAACCAUAGUGAACACCGCUCUGAGCCCGGCGCUUCACAUGCACUCGGUCAACCACGUGAAGUUCAAGGACGGGUUCUUUGCUGUCGAUGAAGCGCAGCGGCACUUGAAGACAGGGGAGUCCGCCACAGCCAGGGUGAGUACGGAGAAGGUGGCUGUGCAUAAGUACCCGUUGCGGGUAGCGCCUGCUCGGGCAGCCAGCAAGGCCAAGGGUGGGGACAGCAAGGCGCGCUUUGAGGCCCUGGAUCGAGAAGCCACCGAGGAGUGUCUGGGAGGAAAGCGGGUGGCCCAGCAAGACAGCAGCGAUAAAUACGGCAUGUAGCUUGUAAAUUUUGCCCUUGCCUUCCAUUUUUGUGAUUGCACGUGGGUCUCUCUGCUCAUCAUUGUACGCACAGAGUGCUCUGAUUGUUUGCUUUUUGAAGUUGAGCCUCGCUGAGUCCUCAGGAGGCUCUUUAUGUGCUCCGCGUCAAAGUCCACUUGCGCGGCCAAAUUUUAAGGUAUCUUGCCUUU